AUGAAAUUUGACUCCGGACAUGUCAAACUUUCAAGCCCGUAUCUCAACUCUGGAAAGUGUUGCCACAGUUUGCGGCCAAUAGACAGCAUUGCAGUUGGAGCAAUUGGGGCAGCAUUAGCCCUUUCUGUAUAUCCAUUAGUUGAACGAUUAGAAAUUGAUGACCCUGUUGGUGUUAUACCUGUACAUGUUAUUGGCUCUGCUUGGGGGAUGAUUUGUGUUGGUAUAUUUUCUUAUGAAGAUCGUGAAACUGCUAUAGAAGAUCCCAGAAAUAAAGGUGUAACAGGAAAUAGAUAUGGCCUUUUUCAUGGUGGUGAUUUUGAGUUAAUUAAGGUAUUUUUGGAUUUUUUCUAA